UUCAUAAUUUUUUUUUUCUUUUGCUUUUAAUAAUUCUGAAAUUUACUUCGAGUAAGACGUAGUUAUUUAUUUAUAUAACUAAAAUUAAAAUUAUAAUUCACAACUAAAAUUAAUUAAUAUGGAUGAAAAGCCAAAAAAUUUAUGGAAGAAAGUUGAUCAUAGUAAAUAUCAGAGACAUGUUACAAUUUCUACUAUUGAUUCAACUAUUGAAUCAGAAAAUGUAGAUGAAAGAAUAGUUUAUAUAGAAGAUUUAGAAAAAAGAAGACAAGCAUAUGGAAUAUGUGGAGAAUGUAAAGAACCUGGCACAGGAGCAGAUUGGUGUCAAACUUGUAAUGCUAAAAGAUUUAAGGAUAACUUUAAAAAUUGGACUAGUGGAAAUAAACAUAUUGAUGAAUUUAUACAGCAAUCACAACUUAAUGCUGUAUAUAAUUUUAAUUGUCUUGAAUGGAUACCUUUUGAAAAAUUUCAAAAUGUCACUUAUAUUGCAGAAGGUGGUUUUGGUAAGAUUUAUUCAGCAGAAUGGCCUGAAGGACAUAUUGAAUAUUGGGAUAUUGAAAAUCAAAAGUGGUAUAGAGAUAGUUAUAAAUAUGCAUUGAAAAGUUUGAAUAAUUCUUCUAAUAUAUGUUCAGAUUUUUUAAAUGAGAUUAAAUCUCAUCUUCAGAUUCAUCUUGAUUUUAUUGUUCCAUGUUUUGGAAUUACUAAAGAUCCAAGUAAUAAAGAGUUUAUGAUGGUUUUAUUUUAUUGUAAAACUGGAAAUUUGAGAAAUUAUUUAAAUAAAUCUAAAGAUUACGUCAAUUAUAAAUCAAAAAUUGAUAAAUUACAACACAUUACAAGAGGACUUUUAGAUAUUCAUAAUGCUGAAAAAGUUCACAAAGAUUUUCAUUCAGGCAAUAUAUUACUUGAUAGGUGUUUUCCAUAUAUAAGUGAUUUAGGAAUGUGUCAACCAGUAAAUAUAAAGCAAUCAGUUAAUGAAGAAGGAAUUUAUGGAGUAUUACCAUAUAUGGCACCAGAAGUUUUACGCGGAUACCAAUAUACAAAAGCAGCAGAUGUUUACUCAUUUGGAAUAAUAAUGAAUGAAUUUCUUUCUGAAGAAAUUCCUUUUAAUGAUAUUCCUCAUGAUGAAUUUUUAGCUAUUAAAAUAUGUAAAGGAUUUAGGCCAACAAUUUCUAAAGAUGUACCAAAGUUAUUUACAGAUUUGAUAAUAAAAUGUUGGGAUGCUGAAAUAAAAAAUAGACCAACCACUAAAGAAUUGUAUCAGAUAUUAACAAAAUGGUAUGACGAAAUUAUAGCUGUUAAAGAUAGUGAAGAUGCUAAAGAUAGUGAAAAUGGUGACAAUAGUCAAACUAAUGAAGAUGGUGAAGAUGGCGAAGAUAGUGAAAAUGGUAACAAUAGUCAAAAUAGUGAAAUAUAUUUUCAAAUUAAAGAGUGUGAUAAAAUUAGAGAAGAAAAAUUCAAAAACAGGUCAAAUGAAGAUAAAUCCAAAAGCUUCCAAACACACCCACAAGCAUUUUAUACUAGUAGACUUUUAAAUUUUAAAAAUCUUCCAAACCCAGUAAAUACUUCAGAUUUAUCAGAUUUAUCAUUUUUUCAAUUCAGUUCAGAUGCUAAUUAUAUUGCUCAAUCAACAUCAGAUCCAAUUUCAGAAUGCUUAGAUUGUUUAAUUAAGUGAAUUGGAACUAAAUGAAAUUUGUCAAGAUAGUGAACAUAAUAUUGAAUGAAGUUUUCUUUCAGUGAAGUUUAGAGUCAAAUAG